AUGCCCACACCAAUCGCAGUAAAGCGGGUCAUUGAUUACAAUGCUCGAGUUCGUGUCAAAGCAGACAAGAGUGGUGUGGAAACUGCCAACGUGAAGAUGAGCAUGAAUCCAUUCUGCGAAAUUGCAGUAGAGGAAGCCCUGCGGCUUAAAGGAAAGAAGUUGGCAGAGGAGGUCGUUGCAGUCAGCCUAGGACCCAAGGCCUGUCAGGAUCAGAUCAGGACAGCAAUGGCGAUGGGGGCGGACAGGGGCAUCCACGUGCUGACAGACACCGAGCUGCAGCCGCUGGCAGUGGCCAAGCUGCUUGCCAAGAUCGCGGAGCGGGAGACCCCAGACAUGUUUCUGCUGGGAAAGCAGGCCAUCGACGACGACUGCAACCAGACAGGCCAAAUGCUGGCGGCACUGCUCAGCUGGCCACAAGCGACAUUCGCAUCAAAGGUGGAGAUGGAGGCAGGCAAUAAGAGAGCAGUUGUGACAAGAGAAGUUGACGGGGGGCUUGAGACGCUGCGGCUGCGGCUGCCGGCGGUGGUGACUACAGACUUGCGGCUGAACGAGCCGCGGUAUGCCACGCUGCCCAACAUCAUGAAGGCCAAGAAGAAACCCAUCGACCAGCUCACACCCGAGGAGCUUGGCGUGGACGUGGCACCCAGAUUGCAGACAGUCAAAGUAGAGGAGCCGCCCAAGCGCAAGGGCGGCAUCAUCGUUAAGUCUGUGGAGGAGCUUGUGGACAAAUUGCGCAACGAGGCCAAAGUGCUCUAG